AUGGCUGGCGACCCUUUGAAGCGUAAUCAGAACCUGUAUUGCGUAUACCAUCAGGAGGCAGGUCACACUACUGAUGAUUGCAGGAACCUGAAGAACUAUUUAGACCGGCUCAUCCGAGAAGGGAAGCUGAGACAUCUGCUACAUUUCUCUGAAGGAUGGCAAGAACCAUCAAACAAUGAAACCAGACAAAGUACGUUGAGGCCACCCAUUGGCACAAUUAAUGUCAUUCUCGCCGCACCUGGAAGGACAAGCUCUGUCCCCUUCAGGGUAAUGUCAGUGAGCAGUUUCCCGACUAAGCCAGAUGACAGGGAAUCCAAGAGGGCUAGAAUGAGCGCCACGCCAUUAAUCGGGUUCACGGAGGAAGACAAACAAGGAACUAUCCAACCCCACGAUGAUGCCUUAGUCGUUACGCUCAGAAUAGGAGGUUAUGACGUGAAAAGGGAAAACCUGUCGCCAUACGAUUCCCCCCUGGUUAGCUUUGAAGGAAAGGUUGUCAUCCUGAGAGGCAUGAUUAGGUUGCCUGUGCAAACAGACUCAGAUGUGGUAGAAGUGAACUUCAUUGUCGUAGAUGCAUACUCCCCUUACACAGCCAUCGUGGCCCGGCCAUGGCUUCAUGCACUAGGGGCUGUGUCGUUAACCUUGCACCAAAAGGUGAAAUAUCCGUCAGGAUGUCAGAUCAAAGAGAUAAUAGGGAACCAGGGAGUAGCUAGGCAAUGCAUGGUGUCGGCAAUCUUGCGACAGCAGAAUUGCAUAACUUCCACUUCGGCCGAGAACGGCUUAUAG